AUGUCUUGGCAAUCAUAUAUUGACAAUCAAUUGUUAGCUACAGGUAAAAUAGCUCAAGCUGCUAUAUACGGACAUGAUAAUUCUUUGUGGGCUACUUCUCCAGGAUUCAAAGUUAGUACACUCGUAGCAGCUUUUGAUAAUGCUGAUAAAAUUCAAGCAAAUGGUAUAUAUUGUAAUAAUCUCAAAUAUAACAUUAUUGGAAGAAAAGGAAGUGAUGGCGUAGUAAUAUUUAAAACAUCAAAAGCUAUUAUUGUUGGAACUUAUCUUGAAGGAACUGCACCUGGAGGAGCUAAUAAAGUUGUUGCAGAUUUGGCUACAGGUAAAAUAGCUCAAGCUGCUAUAUACGGACAUGAUAAUUCUUUGUGGGCUACUUCUCCAGGAUUCAAAGUUAGUACACUCGUAGCAGCUUUUGAUAAUGCUGAUAAAAUUCAAGCAAAUGGUAUAUAUUGUAAUAAUCUCAAAUAUAUAACAACUACUGCUGGUGAAGAUAACAUUCUUGGCAGAAAGGGAAGUGAUGGCGUAGUAAUAUUUAAAACAUCAAAAGCUAUUAUUGUUGGAACUUAUCUUGAAGGAACUGCACCUGGAGGAGCUAAUAAAGUUGUUGCAGAUUUGGGUGAAUAUUUGAAGAACUCGGGUUAUGUAC